AUGGUUCAGAAUGAAGAGAUGGGUGAACAGUCUGAUACAGCAGAACAAAGGGUUACUGAAGACCACCAAAAGGUGUUUAAAAAGCUGCAUAUCAGUAUUCCUUUUGCUAAGGCCUUAGAGCAGAUGCCCAGCUAUGUGAAAUUUAUGAAGGAGAUUCUGUCCAAGAAAAGGAAGAUGGAGGAGUACGAGAUGGUGGCACUCACUGAAAAGUGCAGUGCAAUAUUGCAGAGGAAGUUGCCCCAAAAAAAACUUGGUUUGGGUGAGGCAAAACCAACAACAGUCACUCUACAACUAGCAGAUCGAUCGGUGAAACAUCCACGAGACAUGGAGGAGGAUAUGGAUGUACCUAUUAUUCUCAGUAGACCAUUUCUAGUCAUAGGCCAAGCUCUCAUUGAUGUUCAAAAGGGAGAGCUUAAACUUAGAGUUCAAGGAGAUGAGUUGGUAUUUAAUGUCUUUAAGGCCAUGAAGUAUCUGUUGGCUAGUCAUAGUUGCUAUAGUGUGGAUGUGAUAGAGAAGGCAGUCUCGAAAAGAAGGGUGAGUAGUGAUGCUUUAGAGGCAGUGUUAAUAGGUGAUGAGGUAGAUGAUGAUGAUGCUGAGAUGAGAGAAUAUGUAAACUGGAUCAAUUCUUACCAACCAUACUGGAAGAAGUUUGAAGAAUUAGCAGAGGGGCCUGAAAGACCACUAACAUCCAUUCAGCAACCACCACAGUUGGAAUUAAAGGCUCUUCCAGAUCAUUUGUGUUAUGCAUACUUGGGAGAGAAUGAGACUUUACCUAUAAUUGUUUUAGCUGACCUCUCAAAAACAAAAUUGUAA